AUGCCGGGAACCUCAAGCUUUGAACGUGAUCAAGUUCAGAUUUUGAUGGACAUUGCUGGAAAGUUUAAUAUCACAAUCAAACACAGCGAUAUAGAUCCUACCAUAACUCUUGAACAUGACAACGAUAGUUUAGUCGCAAUUGAUAAAGUAAAAAUAAAGGUAAAAUCGCCAGACGGAACAUUCGAACAUUUCGUUAAAAUAGAGCCGGAUGCAAUGUCCAUGCUAGGAAUGAUAAGUGCCUUGGAAUUGAUACUAAAACAAAAACAAGAACUCGAAAAGGAGGGAAGAAAGCAAAGAAAAGUGGCUGUUGAUAAAAAGAUGACAGAGCUCAAUACUCUUCAGCAAAACAUAAAACAAGCCGCAUCUGGCAUUGUUGAAAAAGCGAUCAUUGAACAGGAUAAUUUCCGAAUAUUAUAUGUUCGUUUUCGUAUCGUGGCAACAAUGAUCGAAUCAGACUUAACAACAGUAGUUCGUGGAAAGAUUUUAAUUAAGCCUAAGUUACAAUUACAUGUUCCAGAACGAGUUUUUCAAUAUCAAAAUGAAAUAAAGUAUAACUUUGUAUGGUUUCUUCCUAAACCAAUAGUUGAUAAAGAGGAUCGUAUAAGUUUCAGCACGACACAGUAG